AUCAAUGAUCGGACUAACUUUCUCUCGACUUGUUUACAAAAUUUCAAAAUACUAGGUAUUUUGUAUUCCUCGAGAGGAGCUUAUAUUAAAUUAAAAAGGAGAACUUUAAAGUUUUAAGUUUAAUUUUAAAGAUAGCAAUAAACUUGACUAGUUAAAGAAUAACUCAAAGUUUAGAAAUGCAAACGCCGGUUUGUAAAGCUUGUGUUAUUCCAGUGUGCCAAAACAAAAAAUUCAGCCUUGUUCAUAAGUUUCCAGCUGAUAAGGAAAGAUUUUCUGAAUGGAUGCUGUCUAUUCAAAGAUCAAAACCUAUCGAAAAAUUAACUUCUCUCACAGAUGAUGCCAUUCGAAAGCGCUAUUUUGUGUGCGCACGACAUUUUGGUUUAAAUGAAUACAAAAAUGUUGAAUCAAGGAGUUUAAAUCUUACAGCUGUUCCUAAAUUUAAUUUAGAAGACCUUAGUGAAAUGCACUUGUCAAAAGCUUGGCAAUUGGAGAAUUCUGCAGCUCCCUGUUCCGAAGCUUUCCUCGAUGAAUCAGACUCAAUAAAAAUUGAAUCUCCAACAAAGAUUCUAAAUCCAUCUUUAAAGGUAAACAACAAACAAAACAUCAGCUUGUGUCGGAAAACUGAAAUAGAUACAAGUCCAACAAAUACAUCUCUACCUCCUACUGACAUUGUAGAUGUCACAUUUAAAAAUAAUUUAGACGAGCCUCCUACAAAGAAAGCGAAAAUUAGCAACGCUGUUGACAUAACAAAUCUAGAGAAGAUUAAAGAAGAUCACUCAGCUAUUAAAAAACAACCAAAAGUGCAACAUAAAGCUAAAGAUAUGUCAAAUAAAAUCAAAUUAAUGGUCAAGCCAAAUAAAAAUAAAGACAAAAAGAAAAUUAGUGGGGAAAAUGAUAAAAAUUUAUCUUUGGAACUUAAAAAAGAAGAAUCGCAUGAAGAAAGUGAGGAUAAAGGAUCGAAUAAACUUCUUGCGCUUAUAGAAGUCACAUCCGACCAAUAUUUACAAUUAAGUCAAUCAUUAUCAAGUGAGGAGAGAAACGAAAAAAUUACAACUCUCUUAAAUUUCAUGACGACAAACGAGAACGACCAAAAUUCAUCGGAGCAAGAAUUAAAAAUUAAAGUCGACGAGGAUUGUAGCAUUAAUUUGGAUCUGUUUUGGUUGCGUGAUCAUUGCCGUUGUGAAGCUUGUUACGAUCAUGGAAAUUAUCAAAGAAAGCUAAACAUCCUCAACAUUCCUGACGAUAUCAAAGUUUCCUCUUACGAAGUUGACAAUGGCAAGGUUUCGGUUAUCUGGAGUGAUGGACAUGAAUCUUCUUACGACAUUGAAUUUCUCCUGAAAAAUCAACCUGGAGCAACUCCACUAGCUGCUAAAGAAAUUUGCCUUUGGAAUAAAGAAAUCAUUGAAAAUCCUUUAAAGACAAAUUGAUAUCUUGGAGCACACAAUGACAACACUUAUUUUAAUGAUGCUGCUGGACUUCACAUUCUUCAUUGUAUACAACAUGCAUGCACUGGUGGUGAAAACUUUCUAGUUGAUGGCUUUCAAGUUGCUGAUAAGAUCAAGAAGAAUCAUCCAGAAGUCUUUGAACGAUUAACCAAAUCAUUGGUAACAGCGGAGUUUAUUGAAGAUGGUCGAAAUCAUAAACAUACGGCACCGAUAAUUAAUCUUGAUCCAAUAACCGGUGACGUUGUUCAAAUUAGAUUCAACAUUUAUGAUCGAUCGCCUUUGAAUUUAAUUCCACCAACAAAAAUUCGUCAAUUUUACAGCGAUCUGAAAAUAUUAAUGAAAGAAAUUGAAGAUCCUGAGAAUCGAAUUACGUUUCAGUUGAAACCAGGAACUGUCAUGAUCUUUGAUAAUUGGCGGAUUCUUCAUGGACGAUUAGCAUAUCAAGGAAAGCGCACAAUGACUGGAUGUUAUGUUGCCAGAACGGAAUUUCAAUCAACACUUCGUGUUCACAAUUUUAUUGAUUAAGUUCAAUAAAAAUGCUUUAAAUAAAAUCGAAAAUAUUUAAAAUAUUAAAUUCUCUUCAAUCUCUUCUUCAACAUCAUCGGCAUCGUCUUCUUGGUCGAUUGAUUUUUGUUUCCUUAAAGGAUUUCUUCCACUGUUCCAUAGUUGAUUGAAGUCAACGCCACAUUCAAAAGCUAAUUUCUCAAUUUGAGAUCGAUCAAUAAUUUCUCUUGAACUCCAA